AUGCCUUCACUAAAACAAAUCCUAGAAGAUCAAGCUCCAGAAUGUCAAUCUCUGGAUUGUACUUCUAGUGUGGACACAAUCAUACCAGCAAUGAAGGAGCUUUAUGCCAAUAUAGCUGUUUCUGUAUGGGAAUGGCUUAAGCUCUUCUGGAGGACGCCUUUUUACUGGAACUGUCCGAGGCCGCCCUGGCCGCCUUACAUUUUGAUUCGGCGGGGGAACAACCCGGCGCUUUAUCCGCUACCUGACCAAGAGGCCGUGCGAGAUAUCCCCGCGGCCCUUUUAGAAAAAGAAGAAAGGGUGCAGAGAUCCCUGAAAAAGACCAAGAAAGCCGCUUUCAAGAGCAACAACACAGAGACCGGAGCCCCGGAUCUCGAGCAACCCAGCACGUCCAAAGCCGGGUUCCGACAAAGCGAGCCGGGGGUUAAAAGGGUGGGGGGUGUCGCGCCGGGGGUCGGGGGUAAGCGUUGUAAGGGGGAUAGCCCUAAGCAGCCGGUGUCGGGCAAACCGGCCGACGCACAAAAGAAGGUCUUUGUAAAUGGGGAUAAUAACAAAAAACCUAAAAGCAGGGACCUAAAGGACCUUUCGCAAUGCGUUAUGGAGUUAUACGAUCUUAGCAUUCGAUUCAGAAGCAUUCAUGAGUUUAUGAGGGAGCUGACAGAGAAAAAGUUUCCCAGGCUGGCUUUUGAAGUGAUGCAAAAGCAGUACUAUGUAGGAGAAUUCGGAAAUUUAGCUCGAAAGCUGCUAGCUACGAGACGGGAGGUGGAGAUAAUGGAAAACUGGAUGCAGGGGGGAGGGCUCGAGUGACUAACUAUGAAAGCUUAAAAACGGGCAGAGGGGGUGGGGGGAAAAGUGGGAAAAAGCUAAAAGGCUAAGAAGGGUUAUGGUAAAAAAAAUUUAAAAAGCCAAAGCGUUUUUAUGAAAAGGCUCCCCAAACCCGGAAGGGGGGUGGAGCGCCACCCCCCGCCCGAGCCCGGAAGGGGAUUCGACCGCCGCCUCCCUCCCGAGCCCGGAAGGGGUUUUGCCCAUAAACCCCCCAACCCCCGGU